GUGUCGCGUCAGCCGCAGCGCAUUAUUUAGCCUGCGGGGAUGCAUAGCCCUUCAUCUCUAUUAAACAGCCGAUAAUUACAAUGGGUGACGGAAAAGAUUUAGAAUGCGGUGAUACCGGCAUCACAAGGCGGUCGGUGAAGUUACCGUCGCUGCCCCAAACCUUAACCCUUGAAGAGAAAAAAUAUCUUCUAGCCGUGGAACGGGGGGAUAUGGCGAAUGUAAGAAGAAUGAUUCAAAAAGCGCAUUGCAAGGAGGACAUAGAUAUUAACUGCGUGGACGCUCUCGGCCGUGGUGCCUUGACCCUGGCUAUCGACGGUGAGAAUCUGGAGAUGGUGGAACUGUUGGUAGUCAUGGGUGUGGCUACGAGGGAUGCUCUAUUACAAGCCAUUAAUGCCGAGUUCGUGGAAGCUGUUGAACUAUUGCUUGAGCAUGAGGAAUUAAUACAUAAGCACCCUGAACCUUAUAGUUGGCAAAAAAUAGAUCCGAACACAGCCAUGUUUACACCGGAUAUUACGCCUCUGAUGUUGGCGGCUCAUAAGAACAAUUAUGAAAUUAUUAAGAUUCUACUCGAUCGAGGCGCUACAUUACCUGAUCCUCAUGAUAUAAGAUGUGGCUGCGAUGAAUGUAUUCGGGAAACAAACGAGGAUUCUCUCCGUCAUUCUAUGGCUCGUUUAAACGCUUACAGAGCGCUGGCAUCACCGUCUCUUAUCGCGCUGUCUGCUACUGACCCCAUCCUCACCGCUUUCCAACUGUCUUGGGAGUUAAGGAAUUUGGCUUUUACUGAACAGGAAAGUAAAGCCGAAUAUCUAGAACUUCGCCGCAAAGCACAAAAGUUCGCUGUUGAUCUCCUAGAUCAGUCUCGCAGCUCGCAGGAACUGGCCAUAAUCUUGAAUCAUGACCCUGAAGAGCCGCCUUUCGAGGAGGGAGAGCAUAUGAAACUAGCAAGAUUGGAGUUGGCUAUUGACUUUAAGCAGAAAAAGUUUGUCGCUCACCCGAACAUUCAACAGCUGUUAGCCACAAUUUGGUACGAAGGUGUACCAGGUUUCCGUAGGAAGAGUGCCUUCGAGAAGAUUAUGAUCAUCAUACGAGUAGCAUUAUUGUUUCCAUUUUACUGCAUGACAUACAUGAUAGCUCCGAACUGUUCAACUGGAAAAUUAAUGAGAAAACCCUUCAUGAAGUUCCUGAUCCAUGCGUCGAGUUAUUUGUUCUUUUUAUUGAUUUUGAUUCUCGUGUCACAAAGAGCGGAAAUUAAGAUAAUACAGAUGUUUGGUCCGGAUUGGAUGAUUAAUAAUUUGGAGAAAGAACUAUUAAAGCAGAGGGGCAAUGGACCAACAUACUUGGAGAUACUCAUUUGCAUUUAUGUUUUGGGUUUUAUAUGGCAAGAGACCCACGAAAUAUACGUCCAAGGCAUUCGUUGCUAUCUCCGGAACAUGUGGAAUUUUAUCGACUUCACUCGAAAUUCACUCUACGUAGCUGUCGCUGUAUUACGUUUCGCUGCAUAUAUACAGCAAAACGCAGAAAUACAAAGAGACCCUCAAACGAAGUAUAUACCAAGGGAGGACUGGGACGCUUUCGACCCACAGCUAAUCGCGGAGGGGCUGUUCGCAGCGGCGAAUAUAUUCAGUGCUCUUAAGCUGGUCCAUCUGUUUUCUAUUAAUCCACACUUGGGACCGCUGCAAAUAUCUCUAGGACGCAUGGUUAUAGAUAUCGUCAAGUUCUUCUUCAUUUACAGUUUGGUUCUCUUCGCAUUCGCUUGUGGUCUGAACCAAUUACUAUGGUAUUUCGCUGACUUGGAAAAACGUAAGUGUUAUGUAUUACCCGGCGGACUACCAGACUGGGAUAAUGCGGGCGAUUCGUGUAUGAAGUGGCGUAGCUUUGGAAAUGUCUUUGAAGCAUCUCAGUCACUAUUUUGGGCGUCCUUCGGAAUGGUUGGCCUAGAAAACUUUGAGCUGGCAGGCAUCAAGAGUUACACGCGUUUCUGGGGUCUCCUCAUGUUCGGAUCGUACUCCGUUAUCAAUGUUAUCGUUUUGUUAAACUUGCUCAUCGCCAUGAUGUCUAAUUCCUAUGCAAUGAUCGAUGAACAUUCGGAUGUCGAAUGGAAAUUCGCCCGAACCCGUCUCUGGAUGAGCUACUUUGAAGAAAGUUCUACUCUGCCACCUCCCUUUAAUAUUUUCCCGACACCAAAAAACAUCAUGAAGCUGCUAGGCUUGAAGAAAAAGGACCAGUCAAAGAAAUUAGAGGAACAGAAAGAAAAGGAUGAUGUGCGUUAUACUGCAGUAAUGCGCGCUCUCGUAUGGCGUUAUGUAUCAGCUAUGCAUAGACGAAUGGACGAUGAUCCAGUAACAGAAGACGACAUCAAUGAGCUGAAAGGAGAUGUAUCAUCUUUAAGAUAUGAGCUUCUAGAAGUAUUCGAGAAGAAUGGAAUGGAUGUUUCGUUCACUGACAGGAAAGAAAAGACCGUUCUCGCGAAACGUAUGAAAGUCUGGGAACGUCGAUUAAUGAAAGACUUCCAAGUGACUCCGGUGUCAGUGGAGGAUGAUGGGAAGCCUGUGCACGAGGACAGCCUCGCCAGGUUCAGGAGGAUCGCCAAGAUGGCUGCAGCUGCUGCUUCUGGCUCCAAGUGGGAUCAGACACUGGCUGCGACUGGGAUAUCGUCUCAAAUUGGUCGAUGUCGCACUCGGCAAUCGGUCAAGAAACAGCAGAACUUGCAGCGCGCGAUCGAAGAAGCUAAGAAAUUGGUCAUGCAUUCACCCAUGCCCGGUUCAAGGGCAGCGUCUCCAAUAGAAAUGCCAGUGACUCCUGGUCACACUAUCUUAGAGCUCAUCAAGGAUAUCUCCACUGAGAUUAAGGAACAGAACUAUUCCAGUACAAGUAUGCCCAGAUCCCCGUGGAGAGGAGAAGCAGGUCCUAGUGGUGUACUACCGAAAGUAAGAGUCCUGUCCCCAAAUGGCGUUCAGAGCAGGACACUCUCUCCUAUUCCUAGAGGAUCAAGCCCCACUCCUUCCAGGGUAUCAAAUACAAAUGUAUCAGAGCGAGACGGAAGUCAGAGUCCUGUUCUAAGACCAGUUAGCCCCAGUGGAAGUGACAGAUGUCAACCAGAGCCAAGUCCUUUGAAAGCACUGGGUGUCUCUGGUAGCGGGUCGCCUCCGCGGGUGGUGAAGAAGAAGCCACAAACGCCGCCUCAGCAACCAUCAGACAAUAUGGGAGAUCCGAAUUGCAACGAUAAGUCAUCGGACGUUAUAGCCGUCGCUCGACCAGUCGCUCUCGACAUAAAACCCAUUAAAGACGCAUUACCACCUCCACCGCCGUAUACAAAGUCUAAGCCUACAACGGAAGUAGAUCUAGGUGCUUCAAGCAAGCAUCCAGUUCCAAAGCCAAGGUCCAGAUCACCGUCUCCAGUACCAGCGUCGAUGGCGACUACACCACCCAAUGCUACGAUACGUCUGCUUACUUCGUCUAGCACGGAACUACUCAUCCCUCCAUCACCACACGUUCUCCCUCCAGGGAAGAAGAUCGAUGACGUCAAUACAAUCAAGCGACAGCCAAAAACUGGUUGGCUAUAGAACAUUCUAGAAGGAUAUGAGAUUUCUAAAAUGUACAAUAAUAUUAAUUGCUGCCAUAAUAUGAAGUUAGAUAUGUUUUGUGUAGAAGUAUUUAUAAUGUUUUCUUUUACUUCAAAUGAUUUUUUUUUAACUUAUAAGUGUAAGGCAAAGUCCAAACAUUCAUAUUCUCUAAAUAGUCAAUUAUUUUAUACUUUAUUUAUUUAUUCUAGUCAGAUUUAUUUUAUAUGAAAUAAAACCAAUAACAUUUAAUAAUACUGAAAAAACUUCAUCUAAGUCUUAAACAAAAACACUAAUUCUAUUUUUAAAUUGCUUAAUAAAUGCACCAUUUAUUUUUUAUCUGUAUCAUUAAAAGUAGUUAUAUCGUUUUAAAUGCUUAUUGAAAAAAAACAAUCAAAAAAUUAUAUUAAAAAAAAAAGAUUAAAUUACGAUGGUAAUUAUUAGUGAAGUAAAGCAGAUGGAAUAGUUUCGAGGCGAAUUGUAUCGAUAGAUUCCUUGGCUUUGCGAUAUACAUUGCGGUAUCCAUAUAAUACAAUUCUUUACUAAUCAAAAUUUUUGAUUUAUUUUCGUAUUGUCGAUCAAAGACAAAUUAACUAUGUAAUUUGUUUUUUAUCUGAACGCUCAUUGGUCGCAUAUCACGUCAUUAUAAAACCAACCAAUGAUAAUUCAAAUUGACCGAUGUUUUGUUAACUAAAGGUUAGUCAUGUUUAAAAAAGUACCGGCCUUAAUUAUAAAGGUUGCUUAGCGGGCGAUUUAUUAGGCAAUGCCAUGUCUUCUUCUUUCUAAUGUCAAAUCAAUAAUGAAAGAAAGAGAUAAAUCAGUGCUUAACUACACAGUCGCUAAGCAACGUUUAUAAAUAAGGCCAUAUAUUAAUAAAAGCAUUUUUGUGAGUGCAUUUACAUUUUUUUAAAUAAUAAUUUAUAGUUUGAACUUGUUUUUUUAUUAUUUUUAUUUAUAAAUAAUUGUAAUAUCCAUAAAUUGUAGUAUAAGAUGCGAAAUAAUAAAGAUGAAUGGAAUGGAAUGAAAUUCGAAUAAUGCUCUGAAGCGGUUGAAAAGAUCAAAUUCGAUCUGUGACCGAUAAAACAUUUGCCAUAUCUCAUACUUCAUGAACAUUGUUAUUUUUAAUAAUAUUGUCUGUUUGUUUUGUUACUACUAAUCUUGAAAACUAAUUCAGUGAUUUAGACAUUGUUAUGAAAGUGGAGCAGUGGAGCAGAGCGAAGCUAGUUAAAAACACUUUAACAGAUACUACAACAAAUCAAUAAGAUUAUAACUUUUAUCAUAAUAAUUAUUAUGUUAAUAAUAUUUAUCAAUAAGUAUUUAAAAAAUAUAUAUAUUAAUUUAUUUUUUGCAAUAU